AUGAGCGUCCUUUCCACGUACAAGCCGGUCGCCACGUCGGAGAAGAAGAGCGGCGUGACGUCGUUCCUGCUGGACUUGGCCGCUGGCGGCGUCGCUGGCGGGAUCUCCAAGACCGUCGUGGCCCCCAUUGAACGUGUGAAGCUGCUGCUGCAAGUGCAGGCUGCUUCGACGCAGAUCAAGCCGGAGGACCAGUACAAGGGCAUUGUGGACUGCUUCGUGCGCGUGUCCAAGGAGCAGGGCGUGAACUCGUUGUGGCGUGGCAACUUGGCCAAUGUCAUCCGGUACUUCCCCACCCAGGCGCUGAACUUUGCCUUCAAGGACAAGUUCAAGAAGCUCUUUAUGGACGGCGUGAGCAAGGACCAGUUCUGGCGCUUCUUCAUGGGCAACUUGGCCUCGGGUGGUGCUGCAGGUGCCACGUCGCUGCUGUUCGUCUACCCGCUGGACUUUGCGCGUACGCGUCUUGGCGCUGACGUGGGCAAGGGCAAGUCCCGUCAAUACACGGGCCUGGCCAACUGCCUCACGACGAUCUACAAGUCGGACGGUCUUUCGGGCUUGUACCGCGGCUUUGGUGUCUCUGUCGGCGGUAUCAUUGUGUACCGUGCCGCCUUCUUCGGUGGCUACGACACGCUCCGUGACGUCGCGUUGAAGGACCCCAAGAACGCCCCGGUGUGGCAAAAGUGGAUGGUCGCCCAGACGGUCACGUCGCUGGCUGGUAUGAUCUCGUACCCCUUUGACACUGUGCGUCGUCGCAUGAUGAUGCAGGCGGGUCGCAAGGACAUCCUGUACACGUCCACAAUGGACUGUGCCGUGAAGAUUCUCAAGAACGAGGGCUCGGGUGCCUUUUUCAAGGGCGCGGGCUCCAACAUCCUGCGUGGCACGGGCGGUGCCAUCGUCUUGGUGCUGUACGACGAGUUCAAGAAGCUUGUCCAGUAA